UAAACGCACCGCGACUUGGUCCUGCCGUCUUGUCUUGGGUCGCUGUAAGUCUCCCAAAGCUGUUAGUCAGAUUACUCGGGAAGAUUGAGACUUCGCUUUAAAAAAAGAAAGAAUAGUUUUAAUUUAAAGCGCCUCCGCUCGACAAUGUCCCUGUAUGCCCGUGCUGCGUUUGAGGACCUGAGACCACUGUCCGCCAUCGGCAAACCAGUCGGCACCAGACGCUGCACAGGCUCUUUGCUGCAAUGCUAGUUUAUUUUAAGAGCGAACUACUCUGCUUCUCACAAUAAGCCUCGCUAAGCUGCUGACGAAGUCGCUUAUAGAACUACUGAUUGUCUAGCGUGAGUGUUUUAGAUGCGACAGGACCAUGGAGACACACACCGAUGUGCUUCUUGUCACCGCCAACGUCGGCUCUCUCUUCGACAACGUGGGCGAAAUUCAAAAUGAAUGGCUUCAGGAGCUAUACAAGACCAUCCACAGCUACCAGCCACAGUUCAUCGCCCUGCACUUUCAGGAGGUGGGAGGGAAAGACUACGUUGUCAACAUGGAGCAUGCAGAAAAAUUCUUUUGGAGUAUUGAGUCCAGUCAAGAACUGAAAGACUUUGAUAGGCGCUGUAUCUACGUGGACAACCAGUUCCAAGCAGAAGAGAGCUUCACGGCAUUGGGCAGCAUGUACUUCAUCCACAAGACAUUAAAGAACAUCUGCCAGUAUGACUUCAGCGUUAAGGAUUUUAAAGCAGUGUCGGGACUGAACAAGCAUGUGGGCUCUCUGGACGGGGUCACCAGCGUGGAAAAAGAAAAAUUUCCAAAGAAUUUCUGGCCUGAUUUCAAGUGGUCCAGGAAGGGCUUCAUGAGGACCCGCUGGAUCAUCCACAAGCGAGGGUUGGACCUGGUCAACGUCCACCUUUUUCACGAUGCCUCCAACCUCAUUGCCUGCAACGCCAGUCCUUCAAUUUACUCCGCAAACCGCAAAAAUGCACUGCGAUAUGUCAUCAACAGGAUAUCUGACAACUGCCACACUCCGAUGCCUUUCUUCCUGUUUGGAGAUUUUAACUUCCGUUUGGACACGCAGAGUCUGGUGCAGUAUCUGUCUACCUCAGCAGACGUCCAGACGGUGAAGAAGGACAGCACGGAUGAAGUGCAGAAAAUCAUAUGCGAGGAGAAAGCUGACCGCCAGGUGCUUCUGCUAAUCGAGGACAAGCUCUUCACCUACCUGCACCAGGCCUUGUUCCGAGAAGACAAUGGCAAAGCGCUGCUGAAAUAUGACAAAGAAGUCAGAGCCUUUCACGAUGUUGUUAGAGAAGAGGGAAUCCAGUUUCCACCUAGCUACCCCUACAGUGAAGAGUACACUAAGCCAACCCAGUACAUGAACACUCGCUGUCCUGCAUGGUGUGAUCGCAUCCUGAUGUCGCACACUGCACAACAGUUCAUCCAUUGUGGCGCUGACGGUGAGAGGCGUGUCACAUACGACACACUGGGUCCUAAUGUCUGUAUGGGAGAUCAUAAGCCUGUUUUCUUGUUCUUUGCACUGAAGACAAACGAACAUUGACUGGGCGUCUUCUCGACGGUGAACCAGUGUGCGUCUCUUCGCCCGGUGCAGGUACGUGCAACCACAACGGCCUGGGAAAACUGGCGCAGCAUCAAAGGGAAAACGAAACAAACUGUCCGAAAAAAGCUCCAGUGACUUGAAAGUUCUGAUGUCCUCCGUUGGGAAGUUACAAACCUUCCCUAUCGUUUCCUACAAACUAACCUUUCACUUUUUAAUAGAAACUUUUUUUAUUUGAUUUUUAUGCAUCAUCAAGAGAUGUUUUUUCCCUAUAGACACCAAUGAAUCCACUUUCAGCUGUAAAUGUUUGUUAUUAUAGCCUGGCGACUUUAUUUCUGUCUUGCCAACUUAUUUGUUUUACUAACUUGUUUCUGUGGGUGUGAUUUUGUUGACAUUUUAUACCGUUUGUAGUCAUUUAAAAUAACUUUUACGAGAUUCUUUCCACACAACAUUAAUUUUACAAUAGGUUUUCUACAAAAGGUGUGCAGCACAGAUGAAUAGAUUUAUACACUCCAAUUUAUUCAACCCUCAUUUUAAAUGAUCAAAUCAUUUAAUAAUAUUGAACAUAUACCGUAUUUUUCGGAGUAUAAGUCGCCAAAAAUGCAUAAUAAAGAAGGAAAAAAACAUGUAAGUCGCAUUUUUGGGGGAAAUUUAUUUGAUAAAACCCAAUACCAAGAAUAGACAUUUGAAAGGCAAUUUAAAAUAAAUAAAGAAUAGUGAACAACAGGCUGAAUAAGUGUACGUUAUAUGACGCAUAAAUAACCAACUGAGAACUAG